AUCGCUUUACAAAAUAUACUGGUAUUAACUAUAAUACCGGUAUAUCACGCAGCUCUACGGUCUAAUAUUGUUGUGAGGAACCGGAGUAAUUAUUGUAAUAUUUGGUGUGAAACAAAACAUUAAUACGGGGAAACGGAACCAAAUGUUUUAGCGCGCGCCGCGCAUGCCGGACUUCUAUGGUUGAAGGAACUUCCGCUUCUUCGCCGGAUGGAUGUCGGAAAAAGGAACGUCUUUGGUGCGUCAUUCCAUUCCAUUUAGCUGCUUCUCAGACAUCUGUGAAGAACAUCUUCUCCUUGAGCAGUAAUAGUAGACCUCAAGGAUGGAGCAGGAUGAGUCCCAGCCCCUCUAUAUAAAAGUGAAAGAAGAGGAGCCCUCACAAAUAAAAGAGGAAGAGGAGGAGCCGCAGUACCGCCAUAUUAAAGGGGAAGAGGAGGAGCCAAAGCAGCCCCGCAUUAAAGAGGAGGAUGAGCCACAUACAUUUGACAUUAAGGAGGAAAAGGAGUCACAGCCCUCCUUCACAGUACAGAGAAAGAGGAGUCAUAGCUCCGCUCACAUUAAAGAAGAAGAGGAGGAACACAGCAUCAGUAAGGAGGGAGAGCAUGUUGAAGGACUGGAGGAGGUUCAUGUCACCAAGAUGCCAGUGACUGGUGUGAUUGUGAAGAGUGAAGAUGAUGAAGUCAAAAGUGAAAGUGAGGAGAAGAGAGAGGUGGAUCCUUCAAGCAGCAGCUCAACUCAACACAUGACAACAGAAGACCACUGUGGAGGAUCACAAGCAGACAAGCUCUUAGCUCCACUAUCAGAUAGUGACGACACAACGUCACACUCUCCUGACACUGAUGAUGAAGACUCUAAAGCUGAUAAGACAUGUCCCACUGACAACACACGCUUUAAAUGUUCUUACUGUGACAAAACUUUCAAUCACAAUUGUCGUCUGAAAACACACAUGAGAACACACACUGGAGAAAAACCUUUUUCCUGUUCAAUCUGUGCUAAAGAUUUUACUCAAAAAUACAAUUUGAAAACACACAUGGUAACACACACUGCAAAAAAACCUUUUUCGUGCACAGAAUGUAGUAAGGGUUUUGCUCAUAAAUGUAUGCUGAAAGAACACAUGAGAAUACACACUGGAGAAAAACCUUUUUCUUGUUCAAUGUGCGGUAAAGAUUUUACUCUAAGGCAACAUUUGAAAACACACAUGACAAGGCACACUGGAGAAAACCCCUUUUCCUGCUCAGUAUGUGGUAAAGGUUUUACACGAGCUAAUGAUUUGAAAAGACACAUGAGAAUACACACUGGAGAAAAAACAAUUUCUUGUUCAGUGUGUGGUAAAGAAUUUACACAAACUUGCUAUUUAAAAGUACACAUGAGAAUACAUGCUGGAGAAAAACCUUUUUCUUGUUCAGUAUGUGGUAAAAGUUUUACACGAACUUGUGAUUUAAAAAUACACAUGAGGAUACAUACUGGAGAAAAACCUUUUUCCUGUUCAAUCUGCGGUAAAGGUUUUACACGCAUUAGUGAUAUGAAAACACACAAGAGAAUACACACUGGUGAAAAAACUUUUUCUUGUUCAAUCUGUAAUAGAGGUUUUACACGAACUGGCGAUUUUAAAAUACACAUGAGAACACACACUAGUGAAAAGCCUUAUACAUGUCUAAACUGCAACAAGAGCUUUUGUCAACAAAGAACCCUAAUAGUACACAUGAGAACACACACUGGAGAGAAAUCGUUGAGUUGCAGUGUGUGUGGGGAAAGAUUCUCUUACGAGUACCAGUGUAAGAAACACACGUGUGCUGGUGAGAACAGCAGCAGCAAAUUAAGCUGCACGAUUUGAAAUAAACUUACAGAACUUGUGUAACAACAUUAGCACAUACACUAUAUUGCCAAAAGAAUUUGGCCACCCAUCCAAAUGAUCAGAAUCAGGUGUCCUAAUCACUUCGCCCGGCCACAGGUGUAUAAAAUCAAGCACUUAGGCAUGGAGACUGUUUCUACAAACAUUUGUGAAAGAAUGGGCCGCUCUCAGGAGCUCAGUGACUUCCAGCUCGGAACUGUCAUAGGAUGCCAUCUGUGCAACAAAUCCAGUUGUGAAAGUUCCUCGCUCCUAAAUAUUCCAAAGUCAACUGUCAGCUUUAUCAUAAGAACAUGGAAGAGUUUGGGAACAACAGGAACUCAGCCACCAAGUGGUAGGCCACGUAAACUGACAGAGGGGUCAAUGGAUGCUGAAGAGCAUAGUGCAAAGAGGUCGCCGACUUCCUGCACAGUCAGUUGCUACAGAGCUCCAAACUUCAUGUGACCUUCCAAUUAGCCCACAUACAGUACACAGAGAGCUUCAUGGAAUCGAUUUCCAUGGCCGAGCAGCUGUAUCUAAGCCAUACAUCACCAAGUCCAAUGCAAAGCGUCGGAUGCAGUGGUGUAAAGCACGUCGCCACUGGACUCUAGAGCAGUGGAGACGCGUUCUCUGGAGUGAUGAAUCACGCUUUUCCAUCUGGCAAUCUGAUGGACGAGUCUGGGUUUGGAGGUUGCCAGGAGAACGGUACAUUUCGGACUGCAUGGUGCCGAGUGUGAAAUUGGGUGGAGGAGGAAUUAUGGUGUGGGGUUGUUUUUCAGGAGUUGGACUUAGUUCCAGUGAAAGGAACUUUGAAUGCUCCAGGAUAUCAAAACAUUUUGGACAAUUCCAUGCUCCCAACGUUGUGGGAACAGUUUGGAGCGGGCCCCUUCCCCUUCCAACAUGACUGUGCACCAGUGCACAAAGCAAGGUCCAUAAAGACAUGGAUGACAGAUUCCGGUGUAGAUGAGCUUGACUGGCCUGCACAGAGUCCUGACCUGAACCCAAUAGAACACCUUGGAGAUUAAUUACAACGGAGAUUGAGAGCCAGGCCUUCUCGACCAACAUCAGUGUGUGACCUCACCAAUGCGCUUUUGGAAGAAUGAUCAAAAAUUCCUAUAAACACACUCCGCAACCUUGUGGACAGCCUUCCCAGAAGAGUUGAAGCUGUAAUAGCUGCAAAAGGUGGACGGACAUCAUCAUGAACCCUAUAGGUUAGGAAUGGGAUGGCACUUCAACUUCAUGUGUGAGUCAGGGCAGGUGGCCAAAUACUUUUGGCUAUAUAGUGUAUUUGUUAAUAUGCUUCUGCCAUUUUUAGGUUACAUUUUUUUGGUGUUUUCAUUCCAGUUAAGUAUAUGUAUUGAUAUAAGCUCUGUUUCUUCCUACUCAUUUUCAGACAUGUUGGAAUGUGAAAUAGUAGACAUGUGAUGUAUAUGUAAAUGGCAGAACAUUUUGUUCAUGAGAAAAAUGCAGUUCUGUCAUGUUAGUUUUUUUUGUGCCUUUAUUUUGAAGAGCCCACUCUUAUUAAGGUACUUCCUUUAUUGCUGAUGCUUGACUUCCUGCUGCCGUUCCGUCUGACAUCAACAGCAUGCUCACGUUACUCCAGGACUGGUAAAACAUGCUGACAAAUAUAUAUUUGUCAUAUUCUGUGUGAACAUUUGUGAGAGGUUAUUUUAUUGUGCCUCGUGUUUGUGUUGUUUAUAUGUCACAUUUAGGAGAGUCACUAUGAGCUGUGUGUGGAAGCUAAGCUAACUAGCUGAGUAAACUUUGCGCCCUUGGAAGCGGAAGGAGGUAGGAGGAGACUAAUGGUUUAUUUCUUGUAAAACAAGUGGUUAAUUUCAUUUAAAACAAACGGGAAAAUGUCAUUAUUUUUAUUUAAAUAAGAGCUGUAACUUGUAAUUAAGCUUCAUUCAUGUGAAAAUUCAUUAUUUAAGUUUACUAAAAAGAUUUGUUUAUAUAAGUUUAAAAAUGUAAACAUGAUUUAUGUAUUGUUUGUGGAAAUAUGGUACGAUGGCAUUUGUAUUUUAUGCCAUCUUCAUAGUUUUCACGGUGUCAAAAUUGUGAGGAGUAAAGGAGGAUAUAAUUAAAGUUGCACCAGUCGAA